AUGACAACAGCCGAAGAACUUGUAUAUUUGGAAAGUAAAAUAGCCGAUUACUUCAAAGCAUCGCAAGUUGAUGAGGAGCUCAUGGAAAUUUCGCAAGAUCCAGAAAGACUUGAAACGUUUAAGUCGUUUUUUGAGCUUCCUGAGCAGAAAAUUCAACUCGCCGAGUUCGCAUCACUCGCUAUAAAGAAUAUAAUAACAGUAAUUUGUCCGAAAUGGAACAGUAAUGAAAAUCAUGGAAUAAUUUCAUGGAUGAUAUCAAAAAUCUCGACAUAUCCGGUUUCACAUUUCAUCAUAGGACAAUUCUCUCACGCAGUUGCUAUAAUUUUGACAACAGCUUUAGCUUCUUACAAUGAUAAGAUUUCUCAAAUAGUUGAAGAGAUAUCUACGCUAUUAGAUCAAUCACCUAUUCAAAUAUAUUCAGCUCUUUUGAUCUUUUCUAACAUUUAUACCGAAAUUGAUUUAAAUAAUCCUCGCUGCCGUUCACACUUCGUUCUUAACUUCAGUAAUAAGUUCUUUAUGAUUGCAUUAGAACAAUCACUUCGUUACGAAGCGUAUAAAGAGAUUGAUACUGAAAAUGCAGCAUUAAUACUCGAUGCAGCGAUAAAAGUAUGCAGAUAUACGUUGAGAACACCACAAACAAAAACAGUGUCAUCAGCAAGACAAGUAAAAGUCGAAACAAUCGCUCUUCCUCAAAUAAUGUCAGAAAUCGUUUCAAAUCCAGAGAAUCUUUCAAAGUUAUUCAGCAUCUGCAAUGUUUUAUUGGCAGAAGGAACCAAACCAAACAUGAUUGCAUCAGCAUUCUCAACAAUUGAAGCUUAUGUCUCAGUUGCCGAAAAUAAUUUCAGACAACAACUACAAACUAUCGUUGGAACAUUACUAGAUAUGAUUGGUGUCUAUAUUACAGAAGAUUGGGGUAGUAAUAUCGACUUAGUUGAGUGUAUUUCGAAAAUUCUGUUUGCUGCUUCGAGUAAAUUCACUCCACAAGUCUCAAUGGAGCUAGGAAACUUUGCUGAGUUCAUAACAAAGUUUUCUGAAGCAACUGUUUCAAUGUUGUCCACAAUUAAAUUUAAUUAUUACGAAUUUCCAAAAAUAGAAAGCAGUCUUUCGUUUUGCGCUAAGCUUUUCAACACAAUAGCAACAACAUGCAGAAAUGCAGAGUUUAAACAGAACGUUGCCGCUCAAAUUGCUCCAAUUUGUCAUCAAUAUCUUGAAUUUCUUUGUUCAUCGGAGAUUCAACAAUAUCCUGUAAGUAUAAUUGCGAAUAUCACACAGCCAGUUCAAAUGAUGAUUCGUAGCGACCCUGCAGGCAUUUGUUCCCAUAUUAGAAACCUUAUGCAGCAUUUGGAAGAGAUUAUCAACAGUAGAGGUACAAUAACAGACAGAUCUAUUGUAGAAAAUGCACAGAAGAAGCUCGGAAUUAUGAUAUCUGUUGUCGCAAGGACGAUGAUAAAUCAAUAUCCAGUUCCUAAUGAUCUUUCAGAAGCCAACUACCACGUAUACUUAUUUAGUCAUACAAUGCGAUUAAUUAAUGACUCAAUCAACUGGCUAAACGAAGGAGAAAGAUUUGUUGAAUUUGAACAAAGCGUUGUCAACUUUAUAACAAUAAUACUGGGAACUAUAGUCAUAUCGGAUAAAGGCCGCGACCACACUUUGUUCUACCAGGCUUGCAAUGACCUACAAUCUCCUGUGUCUUCCAAAAAUGUUGCCGCCGACUUAUUGUCCGAACGAUUAUUUUGUACAUUAUCUUGCUUUGGUGGCGAUGACAGCCACGACAGCCUCAUCAAUGACGCGGUAUUCGCCAUGAAUAUACUCGCUCAUUCCCACGAAGGGCUUGUAAAAUUCGUAAAUAACGCAAAUGAGAAUAAUUUCAUCUUCCAACAGAGAAUGAAACGCCAGAGGUAUAUAUUCUAUCAACAAUUAUUAGCUAUUUUGAUAGAAACAAGGAAAUUCGAUGGAAUUUCGGAGUUAUUGAAUAUUAUUUUAAGCAGAGUUCCUCAAAAUCAACGAAUAUCAGACACAGAAGCUAGAGGAUUGGCUAUUGAUAUCAGAGGCUUGUUUAAUGCAGCAAAAACAGCAGAAUUUUAUGAUAUUUUAUUUGAUUGGUUCUAUAAUAACUUUUUGAACUUUUUUGUAGCCCUUGCUAAUAGUUAUAUCAAUGAUCCAUCAGUUAUCAUGCAAAUUCUUAAGAUGUUCUCAAUAAUUGUCCAACAACCGAAUUUAUCCACAAAAAGGAUCUGUUUCCCACCAUUUUCACCAAAAGGAAACAUUCUUUUCGAGAAAUGCGUAGAAAUUAUCAACCCAGUCCUAAUUUUAUCGAAUGAUUUGAUGAAUUCCGAGCGAGAAAGCACCGAAAAGAAAGAUACAGACACAGCAAUCAAACUCGUAUCAUACUGUGCACGAGUCUUCUACAGAAUGAUCGAAGGUGGCUACGUCUGCAUUGAUGCUUUCAAAGUUUACGGUCUGACCACUUUUACCGAUACAUUGUCACUUUUCUUCGGAAUUUUCAGUGAUGAAGAUUUUAUGAUGUAUUUCCUUCAUUUCACUAAGUAUCUUAAUGACAUUUCUCAGCUAUUUAACCAAAUAUGCCAGAAGCAAAUGCCUGUUCUCGCGGAUUGCCCAGAUUGGAUCGUAAUUGUCGUGAAUUUCGCGAUUAACAUGUUAAUGGACGAAGUUGCCACAGAAAACAGAGAUAAGUGCUACGACAUCCUCAAAUCAGUCGCCAGAUACAUCGUUGACGAGUUCUACAUCGGAAAUGAACCAUCUGAUAAUUUGAAAACAAUUUCGCAAAGAUCUACAAUGGCUUUGUGGAAUUUGCUCUUCUCCGGGCCAGGAAAACUCAAAGCGGACCAGAGACUUUACGUAGCUGACCCUCUGAAGCUGUUCCUUGUUCUGUUCCCUGAAUUAGUUGAUGAAGCGUUGAAUUCCAUUUUGAACCAGCUCCCUGAAGACAGGAAACAGAGUUUCAUGAUCGUAAUUGAGAAUUUCAAGGCUGAUCUGGAGAAGGAUCUCGAUGACGAAAAAGGAAACUUCUCUGGAAAAAUUCAGAAAAUUACUGAUUUCGUGCAAACUGUAGGAUUGAAGAUUGUUGUCUUCAAAUUAGAUGAGUAA